UCUCACUUUGAGCAUCUUUAGCAGCUCCAGUUUGUUUUUUUCACUGCACAUUUCUACGUUUACUUUACCUUCACACAGACCAACAGGAUGCAUUUUGAUGAAAUUCUCAGCCUGGUUGGAGGCUUUGGAAAGUUCCAGAAAGUGUUGUAUGUGUGGAUUUGUCUCCCUCAGAUCUUCCUGGCCUUCCACAUGCUGGUGUCUGUCUUCACUGGGGCUGUUCCUCCUCACCUGUGCCGCUCUACAGUCAGACCUGCAGACCUGAACCUGAACCUGAGCCUCCUGUCCUCCACUGAUGCUGACCCUGAGCUCUCCUGUGGGAUCCCACUGAACCACAGCGCUGCUGCCGGUCCUGGCCAUGGAGUCCCUCCUGGAAGCUGCCAGGGGGGCUGGGAGUACAGCACCGAGACCUUCCACAGCACCAUUGUAACAGAGUGGGACCUGGUCUGUGACAGGGCCAGUCUGAACCACUUUGGCUCCUCCAUCUACAUGUUUGGCCUUCUUGUUGGAGCUGUCGUUUUUGGGAGUUUAGCCGACAAGUAUGGGCGCAGGAACAUCGUCCUCAUCAGCCUUACCAUCCAAGUAGUGUUUGGCGUCUGUGCUGCCUUCGCACCUAAUUUCUACAUUUACACGGCUUUGCGCUUCAUGGUUGGAACAUCGAUCUCUGGUGUUAUAAUGAAUGUUUUCGUUUUAGGCACAGAAUGGACGGGGUCCAAGGAAAGGAUGCUCGCUGGUAUCAUCACAGACUACUUCUUUGGCUUCGGCUACAUCAUGCUGGCUGGAGUCGCUUACCUCAUAAGAGACUGGCGCAAACUGCAACUGGCCAUCUCAGCACCUGGUUUCCUCUUCAUCUCCUACUUCUGGCUCUUACCAAAGUCGGCUCGCUGGUUAAUGGCCAAUGACAGGAAAGAGGAAGCAUGGGAACUGAUCAGAAAAGCAGCCCGGAUGAAUGGGAAACCCCUUACCAAAGACCUGGAGAUGUGGGAGGUCAACAAAAUUGAGGAGAAAACUGAGGUGAAGAGAAAGCAUUCAUUCAUAGACCUUGUGCAAACCCCUAAAAUGAGGAAGCAGUCACUGAUUGUGUUUUAUCUCUGGUUCGUCAAUGUGCUUGUGUACUACGGCCUGUCCCUCAACAUUUCUGACUUUGGAAUGAACAUUUUUCUGACCCAGCUGGUCUUUGGCCUGGUGGAAAUGCCCGCUCGAACCAUCACCCUGUUCACCCUCAACCGCUCCCGUAGGAUCUCCCAUUCAGCUUUCCUGGCGGUGGGCGGGACGGCCUGCCUCCUCACCAUCUUCAUCCCCGAUGACCUGACUGUUGUUAAAACCGUCCUGGCCAUGACGGGGAAGUUUGGAAUCACUGCCUCUCUGUCUAUUAUUUAUGUCUACUCCGCUGAAGUGUUUCCCACUGUUAUCAGACAAAACGGGGUCGGCAUCAGCUCCAUGUGUGCUCGUAUUGGUGGUGCCCUGGCUCCCAUGAUGCAUUUCCUGAGGGCGAUAUCUCCACAAGCUCCCAUGGUGCUGUGCGGGAUUUGCCCCCUGCUGGGUUCUGGACUGACCCUGCUGCUGCCUGAGACGGCCCAUAAGCCCCUGCCUGAUACCAUUGAAGAUGUGGAAGGAUAUACCAUCAGAGUGAAGGAUGGAGGUGUGAAGCCGGUGGUCUAAGGACAGCAGAGGGACACCGCAGCAUCAGGACGCACUGAUGAGCAUCACCCAUCCCAGUGUUCUAUGGAACGGUUGGACACUUGAACUAUGCUUCCAGUGGAAGUCCUAGUUUUUCACUAUUUUUAAUGUUUUUCACUUUUCUAUAUGCCAGCGUUGUUGUUAUUUAGUGUGGAAUAUUGUUCGGAACACUUUCUUUUACUCAGAAGACAGUAUGUAUGCAGCUCCAUUUGCAUCAUCUGUAUGUAAGAUCUCCAUGCACUUAUUUGAAGGUUCUGUUAGAGUCUGUUCUGUUCUGGGAGCUGGUGGUUUGGUGACGUUAGCUAACCUCAGCGCUAAUGGUAACUAGUGUUGUAAAGAAUGAAAAGAGGUGAUGACACGCACAUCCAGUCACUAAAAGGUGUGCAGGAUCCCAAAGAAACAGGGGAUGAAAGAAUCGCACAACCUGUGAGCUCCUCAAAAAAAUGUUUUAUUCAACACAAGUAGUGACGUUUCGCCCUUCAUCAGACAUGGGGUAGAGAUUAGA